AUGGAUAGCAUUCGCAAAAUUAUUACUUUUGUGACUGCCCCGAUCAAAAAUUUCUUUUCAAAUUUUUUUCCAAAAGAUUUUCCAAAGCGGAAAUUGUUUCCCUUACUUUUAAUGUUAAUUAUUGAAGCCGUUUCACAGACUAUAAUCAAUUCGUACAUCGGUUACUUGAUAGUCGACAUGGGGAUGGUGACAUCUACAAAUCAAGCUGGACGAUAUAGUGGCUGGCUGAUAUCAUCAUUUUCUAUUGCGCAGUUUCUGAGUGCCUUUCUGAUUGGUGCGAUGUCGGACAAUUUUGGGCGUCGUCCUAUUUUAUUAAUUGGGACUUUUGGUAUUGCCCUCUGUAACAUAUUAUUUGGGUUUUCGACGAAUUAUUAUUACGCCAUUUGUGUUCGUUUGAUGUGUGGAUUUCUGAAUGGCAAUGUUGGUGUUAUCAAGACGUAUAUGGGCGAGUUAACCACCGACUCCAAUCGCGUUCAGACGUUCAGUUUUGUUGGACUGUGUUGGUCUUUUGGUGCUGUCUUUGGCAAUUUCCUUGGUGGUGUUUUAUAUAACCCCGUCCGCUUAUAUCCAACACUCUUUCAAUCAGCAAAGGUAUUCAAAAUGUUCCCCGCCCUUCUUCCUCAGCUUUUUGUGUCUGUUUUAGGUUUUUUCAGUUAUGUGAUGGCCUAUUUUUAUUUACUCGAAAACACGAAAAACUCUUCGAAUGAAACUGAGAAUAUAAAAACAGCUCAAAACAAGUGCAAAAAGUUUGGCGAGUCUUUUAAAAAGACUUUCACAGGGAUGUCCCACUUCUUCAUUAAAGAAAAUUUGUGGAGCUUAUGUGCUUCACUGGAAUAUGCGUGUUUGGCAUUUUUAAAUACAACGUUUAUUACUAUAUAUCCACUCUUAAUGAUAGCUUCAGUCGGUCAUGGGGGGCUUGGACAGACGACAGAAGGUGUUGGCUACUUUGCGGCAAUCUCAUCUUUAGGAGGGUUCUUCACACUUCUUUUUCUAUAUAAACCAUUAGUGAACUAUUUAGGACUUCGAUAUACUUUUAUUCUCUCAAGUGUUAUUACUGCGCUAUUUUAUGGCAUUUUCCCUUCACUAGAAGGCGUGAAUGGGUCUUCGAAAAUGGUUCAAUGGAGUGUUUUUGGAGUGUAUGCGUUUGUGUGGAAUGUGUGUUCCCAAAAUUGUUUUAGUUCAAUUUCAGUGUUAAUUGUGAAUGGAACAACAAAUCAAUAUAUGGGAGCCGCAAAUGGAGUCGCACAAACGUUCGGAUCACUCACUCGUGUCGUUGGACCAAUUUGCGUCUCACCAUUUUUAUCAUGGUGCUUAAAUAACGGACUAAAAUACCCUUUAAAUCAAUAUAUGCCUUUUUACUUAAUGAUGAUAUUGGGAAUUACUACGUCCGUGUUAGUAUUUGCUUUUCCAUUGAAAGUUGAUUUUGUGAAGAAAGAAAAAAUUGGUGCUGAUGUUAAAGAAGAGAAAAAGAAUAAUCACAAAUAUAAAAUUUUGAAGGAAAAAGAAGACAAAGAGGGCGAUUUGGAAAUUGAAAUGAAUCAAGUCAACGAAUUGGAAGGGGAAUUUUGUGCGAGUAUAACUGAUAAAAUGGAUUUCAAAUGA